UCCACCCGAUAGCUAGGGUUUCUCCCGGAGUUAAAAGGGCCCGAGGAGCCGCCUUAUAAACCCUACCCUUCUCCAUCCGCUCCCACCCUCUCGCCCGCCAGCAGAAGCAGCCGCCGCCGCCGCUUCGACAGCCACCGCAGGGUACCGAGAUGGGUGGUUUUGUCAAGACCCAGAAGACCAGUGCGUACUCCAAGCGUUUCCAAGUGAAGUUCAAGAGAAGGCGCGCUGGCAAGACGGACUACAGGGCAAGGAUCAGGUUGAUCAACCAAGACAAGAACAAGUACAAUACGCCCAAAUACAGAUUUGUUGUGCGAUUUACCAACAAGGACAUCACUGCACAAAUCGUAUCUGCAAGUAUUGCGGGUGAUAUGGUACUUGCUGCUGCCUACUCCCAUGAGCUUCCACGAUAUGGUCUUGAAGUUGGUCUGACCAACUAUGCUGCAGCCUACUGCACUGGGCUUCUUUUGGCCCGUCGUGUGCUCAAGCUUCGUGAUUUGGAUCAGGAGUAUGAGGGCAACGUUGAGGCCACUGGUGAGGACUUCUCUGUUGAGCCAGAUGAUGAGAGGAGGCCUUUCCGUGCUCUUUUGGAUGUUGGCCUUGUUAGGACUACCACUGGAAACCGUGUCUUUGGUGCCCUGAAGGGAGCUUUGGAUGGUGGUCUAGAUAUUCCUCAUAGUGACAAGAGGUUUGCUGGUUUCAAGAAGGAUGAAAAGCAGCUGGAUGCUGAGGUCCACCGCAAGUACAUCUAUGGUGGCCAUGUUGCAGAGUACAUGAGGACUCUGGCUGAGGAGGAGCCGGAGAAGUACCAGGCUCACUUCAGUGACUACAUCAAGAAGGGGAUUGAGGCUGAUGACAUGGAAGCUUUGUACAAGAAGGUCCAUGCUGCCAUCCGUGCUGAUCCUACCAUGGCCAAGUCAACCAAGCAGCCACCGAAGGAGCACAAGAGGUACAACCCCAAGAAGCUGACCUAUGAGCAGAGGAAGGCCAGCCUUGUCGAAAGGCUUAACGCCCUCAACUCGUCUGGUGGUGCUGAUGAUGAUGACGAUGAGGACGACGAGUGAAGUGUAGUCCCUUCGUAGUAGUGCUAUCUUAUGGGGCGAUCAGAACUUCUGCCAUGGCACUUAUCGUUACCUGUAGUCCUGCAACAGGCAUUUUUGUUUAAGUUUGUCGUUGUGAACAAAGCUGUUCUAUUAGUUUUGAGCUGGAGUUAUAGAUAUUUACUCUUAUCUAAAAUUAAGAUGCUGCCGUUUGAACGUGGUUCUUCUGAAUCCCCAGUUGUGUGUUGUUUUAAUCCCAAUCCUUGAAUUAUCCAUGGUUAAUUUCCUUCUUCAA